AAAGCCUGCACUCACCCCAUUUAAUGGAUCUGUCUUAGCCAUCUUUAUGCUCUCUCUCCUCGAGCCCCUCCAACCAGUGAGCAAUAACUGCUUACUUUCUCUCUCUAGAACUCUUCUCUCUCUCACUCUAACUGCGGUCUACUAUCGCCAUUAUGCAUUGCUCCAAAAGCUCUGCAACGCCUUAAUUGGAUUUUAUCAGCUCAGAGCUCAUGUCAUUUUCAGAGGUUAUCGGAUACUUCGCCCAUAACACAGUUCGUUUUAGGGCAAAUCAUGGCGAUCUGGACCUUGACCUCUACGGAUCUAGGGGUUCUAUUCUCAGAAACCCUAAAAGCAUCUGGUUCCGCCAUUGGUUGGAACAUAUGGAGGGCUUGCAUGGCCUCUCUGGUUUGAGAUCUCGCUUAGACUGAGAAUUUGUGUAUAUAUUAUGCUUAUGCUUGGAGGAGGAGGAGAGGAGGCCUUUUAGGGGUUGUUAAGGCUUGCUUUUGGUGAGUUUCAGUGUUCUGGCCAUGAAUCCUUUGUGCUGUAUAGCUCCGGUUUCACUGGACCGAGAUCGAAGUGAUUCACCGAUAGUUUCAGUUAAAGCUUCAUCAAAAGCGCCUUCUCCUGUAGGGUCCGAUGAAUCAACUAGGUAUUGUCGAAAUCUAGGACUAGGUUUAAAUAAGCCACACUCUAUUUCAGCUGAUUUCGAAAAUGGCAUCUCGACCACAAAUUUGGAUUUUGUCAAGUCCCCCUUGCUUGUUCAGUCGAAUUCUUCACUGGAAACUGUUGACGUGAGAGAUUCAAAGGGAUCCUGUGUCAGUGUUAAUGGAAAUGUAGCUGGAAUUGUUUACAAGUGGGUUAACUAUGGAAAGGGAUGGAAGUCUCGAUGGUUUGUUCUUAGAGAUGGGGUCCUAUCUUAUUACAAGAUCCAUGGGCCUGAUAAAAUAUACGUUAACUCAGAGAGUGAGAAGGGUCUCCGAGUGAUUGGAGAGUAUUCAUUGAAGCAUAUGCGAAAGGCAAAUCAAGGAAAUGUUCGUGUUCCAGUGAAGCAACGCAAGCCCUUUGGAGAGGUUCAUUUGAAGGUUUCCUCCAUUCGCGAAAGUAAAUCGGAUGACAAACGCCUAUCCAUAUUUACUGGUACAAAGACACUUCACUUGCGUUGUGAAUCUAGAGAAGACAGGGGCGCAUGGAUUGAUGCUCUAAAGACUGCUAAGGAUCUUUUCCCUCGAGUUUUAACAAGCAGCGAUUUCUUGCCUUCUGAAGAAAUCAGUGUUUCAACUGAAAAAUUAAGAUCUCGUUUACUGCAGGAAGGACUGAAUGAAGCUUCUGUUAAAGAUUGUGAAACUAUCAUGUUGACAGAACACUCUGAGCUCCAAAAUCGGUUGAAAUCUCUUCAGCAGAAACACCUGGUCUUGGUGGAUACACUAAGGCAAUUGGAGUCUGAGAAAGUAGAGUUGGAAGCUACUGUGGUGGAUGAAACGAAAGAACGCCGUUCAUUCGUUGGAGCUGAGAAUGGGAGAUUCAGCGAGGGUAGUGCAACAGAUUCUGAUGCUGAUAAUGAAAGUCGCGAUGGAGGAGAUGGAGAAACAGAUGACGACGAUGGCAUAUUUUUUGAUACAAGCGAUUUUCUAUCCUCUGAAUUUUUAAGAAGCGCAUCCUCCCGCAGUAGGGAUUAUCUGGGAAAUGCUUGCCAUGGGUGCAAGGAAGAUACUGAUUUGUGCGUUUCUGAAUGUCAUGAAACCGAUACAACAAUAAGAACCAUUGAGUAUCCCUACGUCAAAAGGAGGGAUAAGUUGCCAGAGCCAAAGGAGAAAGAAAAGCCAGUUGGCCUGUGGUCCAUUAUCAAAGAAAAUAUUGGUAAAGACCUAUCUGGAGUCUGUCUCCCUGUGUAUUUUAACGAGCCGCUUUCCUCCUUACAGAAGUGCUUUGAAGAUUUGGAGUAUUCAUAUUUGGUUGACUGUGCAUCAGAAUGGGGCAAGAAGGGGAAUAGCCUGAUGAGGAUCCUAAAUAUUGCAGCUUUUGCUGUAUCCGGCUAUGCUUCCACUGAAGGUCGCCAAUGCAAGCCUUUCAACCCUCUUCUUGGGGAAACCUACGAGGCUGAUUAUCCAGACAAAGGCGUCCGUUUCUUCUCUGAAAAGGUGAGUCACCACCCCAUGGUUGUUGCCUGCCACUGCGAUGGGAAAGGGUGGAAAUUUUGGGCCGACUCAAACUUGAAAGGCAAGUUUUGGGGUCGAUCAAUACAGCUCGAUCCUGUUGGUGUCCUCACCCUCCAGUUUGACGAUGGCGAAACGUUCCAGUGGAGCAAGGUCACCACCUCCAUCUAUAACAUAAUAAUUGGAAAGAUAUACUGUGACCACUAUGGGACCAUGCGCAUUAGAGGCAGCGGCCAAUAUUCCUGCAAACUCAAGUUCAAAGAGCAGUCAAUAAUUGACCGAAAUCCUCAUCAGGUGCAUGGAUUUGUGCAAGACAAUAAGACUGGAAAGAAGGUGGCCAUGUUAUUGGGGAAGUGGGAUGAGGCUAUGUACUAUGUGUUGGGGGAUCCAAGUACUAAGCCCAAGGGUUAUGACCCAAUGUCUGAGGCUAUGCUUUUGUGGGAGAGAGACAAGGCCGCAACGCAAACCCGAUACAACCUUACCCCCUUUGCCAUCUCUCUGAAUGAGCUCACCCCUUCUAUCCUUCGAGUUCUCCCACCCACUGACUCCAGGCUCCGACCAGACCAAAGAUUCCUUGAGAAUGGAGAAUAUGAGAUGGCCAAUGCUGAGAAGCUUAGACUUGAACAGUUGCAGAGACAGGCAAGAAAAUUACAGGAGAGAGGAUGGCAACCGAGAUGGUUUAGGAGAGACAAGGAAGAUGGCUCUUAUCGUUAUAUUGGGGGAUAUUGGGAGGCAAGAGAGCAAGGCAGAUGGGAUGGCAUUCCUGAUAUAUUUGGUCAGACUGUUGCUGAAGCACCUCCUCCAGCUGUGGAGUACUGCCGAGGAACUCAUGUUAUGGAGCAAGGGUUUGAGUAAGGGUUUUGCUUGGUAUUGAUGGUGGUUUAUUCCUGGAAAUUGAAGGAAAAGACAACUUAACUUCAUAGGAUGUGAAUUUUCGUUGAAAUUGAAGGAAAAGAGAAUCCAUAGAAUGUGAAGAAAAGAUAGUUUGAAGGACUUGCGACUCACAGAGGGGCUCAUUUAUGCUGGAUAUGCCAUGCGUCAUCAACAUGGUUUACAACCGUCAAGCGAUGACCAAAUCGGAUCAAAUAUUAUACAAGAGUGUAUUACUUUUUUGAUAAAUAAUUUUAGAAGAAAAAUGUGUAUCCUCUCCCUCUCACAUUUGCCACGUCUUGCAAUUUGAUGUAUCAGAAGGCAUGGACUUCUCAAGUUUCA